AUGCGGCUGACGUGCUUGAUCGUGAUCACGAGUUUCAUCAGGAACGGGAUUUUCCAGAUCCAGUCCUUUUUCCUGAAUACAAUUGUGGGAUUCGAUGUGAAAGACUUUGCCAACUUGAUGCUACUCGGAGGCGUCUUAGCACUGCUAGGACAGGGGCUACUGGUGAAGGCGCUGGUGGGCUGCUUCAAGGAGAAAGGCGUGAUCAUCAUCGCGCUGAUCGCCAGUCUGAUGAAGACGGGCGGCUUUGCCGGUGCCGCGUUUUACCCGCACAAAUGGGUCGUAUUCCUGUCGUUCAUCCCUGGUUGCAUCGGAGACCUCACCUUCCCCGCCAUAUCGGCUCUCAAGUCAAUGAACGUCUCGGAGAAGGAACAAGGACGUCUUCAAGGCGCAAUCUAUGGCGCUCGAUCAGUUUUUGACGCAAUCGGCCCCAUCGUCUUCUCCUCGCUCAAGACGCCCCCGUCGCGGAGUGAAGUCGCUGUUGAACCUGCUCCUUUGCCGCCACCCGUGUCGGACGAAACUCCGGCUUUGGCUUCCGUGUACUUCGAGACUGACAAGGAUGAAGUGGAAAAGGGCGACAGAGUGGAGUAUGCCACUAGCUCCAUGCUGGAUGACGACCAAUUGCUCUCUGAGCCUUCGCUAGGAGCGAACUCCUCUGAAGUGUAA